AUAAGGAGGGCUCUGGGGCGCGCAGGUUCCAGUCCCAGCGCUGCGCACAGACUAGGGAGCAGCUGGAGUAGGCGCUGCCUGUCCUCCUCCGACAAGACUCCGAGGAGUUAAUACAGGGCGCCCGCCCUCCCCAGGAUUACACCCCCGCAAGGAGAACGCUUUCUUGUCCGCCCGCACCUGGAUUACCUGACUACCCCCCCUCCCACCCCUGCCAUCGCUGCGGUUUAGGUUGUAAGUGAGGAGCCAGGAGAACCAGCAAGGGCGCACCCCUGAGCAGUCGAGUCUCGCCAGAUAUCAAAUCACCAGUUGCCCGAAGGCAAGCAGGCAGGCAGGCAGGAGAGCGGAGCCCCGCGGGAUGGCGGCCGCCUCCGGGAAGCUCUCCUACUGGGCGUUGCUGCUGCUGGCGGCUUUUUGGCAGCAGCGGGCAGCCGGCUCGGGAGUCUUUCAGCUUCAGCUUCGUGAAUUUGCCAAUGAACGAGGAGUGCUGGCCAGCGGCCGGCCCUGCGAGCCCCACUGUCGGACCUUCUUCCGCAUCUGCCUCAAGCACUUCCAGGCAGUUUUGUCUCCUGGGCCCUGUACCUUUGGCAGGGUAUCCACGCCGGUGCUGGGCACCAACUCCUUCGCCGUCGGAGAGGAGAGCCGCGGGGGUGGCCGAAACCCGCUGCAGCUGCCGUUUAACUUUACCUGGCCGGGCACCUUCUCGCUCAUCAUUGAGGCCUGGCACGCGCCGGGGGACAACCUACCACCAGAGUCCCUUCCUGCAGAUACACUUAUCAGCAAGAUGGCUAUCCAAAGACCAUUGGCUGUGGGUGAGAACUGGUCCUUGGAUGAGCAGAGUGGGCCCCUCACAAGACUCCGAUACUCUUACCGAGUUAUCUGCAGUGACAACUACUAUGGGGAUAGCUGCUCUCGGCUCUGUAGAAGCAGAGAUGACCACUUUGGACACUAUGUGUGCCAAGCUGAUGGCAGCCUCUCCUGUCUGCCGGGAUGGACUGGAGAAUAUUGUGGCCAGCCCAUCUGUCUGUCAGGCUGCACUGAGCAGAAUGGUUAUUGCAACAAACCUGGGGAAUGCCUUUGCCGACCAGGCUGGCAGGGCCGCCUAUGUGAUAAGUGUAUCCCCCAUAAUGGAUGUCGACAUGGUACCUGUAGCAUUCCUUGGCAGUGUACCUGUGAUGAAGGCUGGGGUGGCCUCUUCUGUGAUCAAGACCUGAACUACUGUACUCACCAUGCCCCAUGCCAGAAUGGGGGCACAUGCUCCAAUAGCGGUCAGCGUGGCUACACGUGCACCUGCCGGCCAGGCUUCACAGGUGUAGACUGUGAAAAUGAGAUCAGUGAAUGCGACAGCAACCCAUGUCGCAAUGGAGGAAGUUGCAAGGAUCAGGAAGAUGGCUAUCACUGCCUGUGCCCACCUAGCUACUACGGCCCUCAUUGUGAGCACAGCAUCCUGAGCUGCGCCGACUCACCCUGCUUCAAUGGGGGCUCCUGUCGGGAGCAAGAGCAUGGGGCCAGCUAUGCCUGCGAGUGCCCCCCCAGCUUCACCGGUUCCAACUGCGAGAAGAAGGUGGACAGGUGCACCAGCAACCCUUGUGCCAACGGGGCCCAGUGUCUAGAAUGGGGUCCUACUCGUGCCUGCCGUUGCCGCCCGGGAUUCAGUGGCCCCCACUGUGAGAUCAACAUCAACGACUGUGCACGAAAUCCCUGUGCCCAUGGUGGCACCUGUCAUGACUUGGUGAAUGCCUACGUCUGUGCAUGUCCCCCUGGCUUCUCAGGCCGGAACUGCGAGCUUCGGACAGCGAGCGAUGCCUGUGUCUCGGGGCCGUGCCUAAACGGAGGCACUUGCUACACGGGCCUCUCCUCAGACAGUUUCGUCUGUAAUUGCCCCUAUGACUUCAUGGGCAGUCGCUGCGAAUACUUGUUCCCUACAGCGCAGGUGGCGCAGCCAACUUCAGGUUUCCCCUGGGUGGCCGUUUCACUGGGUGUGGGACUGGCGGCCAUCCUGGUGCUCCUGGGGAUGGUGGCAGUCGCCGUGAGGCAGCUUCGGCUUCGGCGGCCAGAGGCCGGUGGCAGGGAGGCCAUGAACAACUUGUCAGACUUUCAGAAAGACAACCUCAUUCCUGCCACCCAGCUAAAGAACACCAACCAGAAGAAGGAGCUAGAAGUGGACUGUGAUGUGGACAAAUCCAACUGCAGCAAGCAGCAGAAACACACAGACUACAAUCUGGCCCCAGGACCUCUGGGGCGGGGGGUCACGCUGGGGAAGUAUCCCCCUAAUGACAAGAGCUUAGGGGAGAAGGCACCGCUACGGCUACAUAGUGAAAAGCCAGAGUGUCGGAUAUCAGCAAUAUGUUCCCCUCGGGAUUCCAUGUACCAGUCAGUGUGUUUGAUAUCAGAGGAGAGAAAUGAGUGUGUCAUUGCCACAGAGGUAUAAGGCAGGAGCCCGGCCAGGAUGUCCCGGCUUUGGCCCCAGCAGCUGGACCUCCCUACUGCAUUGUUUACAAUUGCGACCUGGAUGGGGACGUUUUUAUUAUGCAACGUGCUGCUCUCAGGAGGAGGAAGAGGAGGGGACUGGGUGAACUGGACAGACUGUGAAUUGACCAAGAGAUGCAAUAUCCUUCUCUACCUUCUGGAUGCCUUUAUUUGGAGUCCUUCAAGUGGGGCUGCCACAGGCUGAAAGGGAGAUGGAGAGGAGAGCAGAAGAGACUUCAAUCACCUCUGCCUGCUCAGCUAAUGGCCGCCUUUGUUGGGUGCUUGGGCCAGGACUCAAUCCUCCUUGGUGGUGACCUUCGGUGCUCCAUGUUUCAAGGGGCCGAAGUCCAAGCAUCUCUGGCCCCAACCAGCAUCAUCGGUGUUUUUUCCUGAAGUGCCUCCAGCUCAGGACCUGAGGACUGGGGCAACAGCUGGACAUAACUUCAAGGGGAGAGAGGGAAAGAGAAGGGGCAAGUUUUCUGGGGGUGGUGAUAGAACCUCAAUACUAGAGGAGUGAGGGGGUGCCCCAUUCGAGCUGGGGUAUAGGCCUGAAGGGAGAGGAGAGCUCUCUGCCCUGUGCCUCCAAACUACUGCAUGUGGGCCUUUUCAUUUCAUUUUUGUUUUUACCCCUUAAUGCCCCCCUCCAACCUCCUGCCUCAGUUUAUUGAGGCUUUAGUUCCUGCCUCCCCAUGCCCAUUAUGGGAUCACUAGUGGUUAGGGAUGAAGAGAAAGAAAGGGCAUACUUUCCACCUCCCCUUCCUAUGCGUCAGUCAAUCAGUUUCCAGCUUGCCUCAUUGGUCCGCAUGGCCAUGGCACCAAGACACCAGCCUGAACAGAUGAGAUGAAGGGGCAGGGCUAGGCUGCUGGGAAAACAGGCUCUCGGUACCCUUGCCUUUGUGGGUUGACAGUGGCUAUAAUCUCAUUCAUCGGCUGAGCAAUGUGCGUUAGGCCAAGUUCAGUUACCCAGAAUUGAGGUAGUCUAGGGGUGCUUGGCCUGAGUGGGGUGGGGAGGGAGUUUUGGCCAAUAAUAUUGCAAAACCUGAGGAAGUUGGGGACAGUGAUGUUGCCUGAAUCCUCUUCCUUCCCUCUCCCUCAUUUCUACUCCCCCCCCCCAAAAAAAAUCAACCCACAACCAUCUACACUGACAAGGGCCUGAUACUGCUCUCACUGUUCACUACUGCCCCUUGGAUCACUUUUGAAGCUGACUUUCAAAAAUCAAUAAUAUGGGGUUGGUUUUUUUUGUAGUUUUUAUUUUUGGUUCUAGUAUUUCAAUAAUUUAAGAAUCAGAAGCACUGACCUUUCUACAUUUUAUAACAUUAUUUUGUAUAUAAUGUGUAUUUAUAAUCCUGAACAGAAAUGUACAGAGGUUUAUUACUUCUUGGGUCCUAUCUUUGUGAUGAGUUGGAAUGUUUCCCAACCCCUACCACCCUUUUCCCCCUUUAAACAAUGCCAAGCCCUGCCUGCCAA